AUGACUGUCACAUAUGAUACUCCCACGCGGGGGUCACAUACCUCCAUGGCCACCCUUGAAGACCGCUUCGAGGUAAUCAAGGAAAUUGGUGACGGAAGCUUCGGUAGUGUUGCUGUCGCACGGGUACGGACAGCCGGCGCUCACAUCGCUCGGAGAGGCACUAUGGUUGCGAUCAAAACCAUGAAGAAGACUUUUGAGUCUUUAGGUCCAUGUCUGGACCUUCGAGAAGUUAUCUUCCUUCGAACAUUACCCAUUCACCCUCACCUUGUUCCCGCCCUCGACAUCUUCCUCGACCCUCUCUCCCGCAAGCUGCACAUUUGUAUGGAAUAUAUGGAUGGCAAUCUGUAUCAGUUGAUGAAGGCCCGUGAUCACAAAUACUUCGACGGCAAGCACGUUAAGAGUAUCUUGUACCAGAUCUUAUCCGGUCUAGACCACAUCCACGCCCACCACUUCUUCCACCGCGACAUCAAGCCCGAGAACAUCUUGGUGUCAACAUCCGCCCCUAAUGACUCCGCCUUCAGCCGCUACUCUAAUCUCGUCACCCCUCCAUCCACUCCCCCCGUCUACACCGUGAAGAUUGCCGACUUUGGUCUUGCACGUGAGACUCACUCGAAGCAACCAUACACCACCUAUGUCUCGACGCGAUGGUACCGUGCACCUGAAGUACUUCUACGCGCAGGAGAAUACUCGGCUCCAGUCGACAUGUGGGCGAUGGGUGCAAUGGCCGUUGAGAUUGCCACGCUGAAGCCCCUGUUCCCAGGAGGCAAUGAGGUGGAUCAAGUUUGGCGCGUGUGUGAAAUCAUGGGCAGCCCCGGAAACUGGUAUAGCAAGGCCGGUGCGAAGAUCGGUGGAGGUGAAUGGCGGGAAGGCUCCCGCCUAGCCCACAAGCUGGGCUUCACCUUCCCCAAGAUGGCACCUCACGCGAUGGAAUCUGUUCUCCAGCCUCCUAUGUGGCCUGCAGCUUUCGCUGAAUUUGUCACGUGGUGUCUCAUGUGGGAUCCGAAGAACCGCCCAACCUCUACCCAAGCGUUGAACCAUGAGUACUUUGCCGAUGCCGUGGACCCCGUGCGACCCAAGUCCUCUACUUCAUCCAGACUGUUGGGUCGCAAGCAGUCCGAGAAGAGCUUCAAGUCGUCCACGCUUACCCCUGGCGACUCUCCUACGUUAUCUUCCAAGCCAUCUUGGUUCCGCAGGUCCUUGAUUGCCCGCUCCGACAGUCCAGCCCCUACUGUUGAAGAAAGCCCUGCCAGACCAUCGGCUGUCACUCAAAUCACUGUUCCUGAAAUCCAACCUGUCAAGCCUCGUCCCGCCAAUACCAAACGGGCUACCUGGGCUAGUGGUGCUCCCAUGCCAAUCCUUCCUUCGAUCCGUCCUGUCUCUCCCCUGUCAAACUCAGUCACUGCUCAGGCCAAUGCCACAGUGGCCCACAGUGAAGGCACAAAGUCAUCAGAUACCUCGGCUAGCACCAAGAUCGGGCGCCAGCUUUCCGUCAACUCCAACGGGAAUCACUACUCGGACUCGAACCGCCAAGAGGCCGAGAGAAUGCUCAACGGAUCUGGGAGCAACACUCCCACUACCAAAGAAAGCUUCUUCUCGCACCUUCGAAAGCGCGCUCGCAGAUUGUCUGGACGCAACCAGGGUGCGCCGGCCGAUGAUGUUGAAGCCAACGCGGGUUGUAUCCCCUGGUCGAACCGUUCAUCGAUGGCCCUCGAUGGACCGACCAGUGAACCCAAACAAGGUGGUGAUUUGAGCGAGCUGGACCGCGCGCUUCAGACUGUCAAAUAUUCAUUGGAUUCCUCGACCCUCAGCAAUGUCCCAGUGCAUCUAAGCAAUGGCACCGACGUCCACAAGCGCCAGUCUAUGCCUCAGGCCACUGCCAACACCUCAGCGCCGAUUUCCAGCAGAACUCGCCGGGCCAAACAAAUGACUGGUCACCCAGUGCAUCGUUACGAGACCCCCGAGGAGGAGGAUGAGCUCCUGGACGAGGUACUACAUUCUGCCAGCAAGGCUGCCAGACGUCUGGCUCAACCCCAGUCAAUGGCUGUCGAUCCAUCCAGCCGCACCUCCCGCGCUCUACCCAACCCCUAUCCUACACCGUCACCGACCGCGAAGGACAACGCUGCAUUUGGUCAACAGUCGACGCCUAGCAAGAUGAGCAUCCAAAAGAUGGAUCCCGCGACUGCUAACCGUCAUUGGCCCACGCCCCCUUACGAGGAAGCCGAGUUCCACAACAAGAAGGCUGAUUACUUCGCCCGUGGAUCCAACUUCAUCUAG